AUGCCAUCUACAGCCGCAAAAGAAAAGAAAACGCCCACAUAUACAACAGUGGGUUCGAUCUACAACCCACAGGCUGCUACUCCUCUUCACCCUCCAGCCCGGCGAGGUCGCACUUUUCGAUAUCCACCUCCCUAUCAAUCCCCAACUGGUACUGGUAUUGGCACCGGUCUUGGUCUUCCAAAGUCCCAGUCGGCACUGGCCCUGCAGGAGACAUUGGCGACAGACUUUCCGGUUGGAGGAAAUAGUAUUCAGAAGUAUUCUCCGCUCCAGCAGAAUUACGACCGUGCAGUCAGCCCCAUGCCAGAUCACGACAUGGUGGCCACCCCCUUAGGACUAGGAAUAGAGAUUCCAGGCAUGCGAGAGGGCAAUGCACUCCGUCCGCCCCCGGGAUUCACCACUGCCGGAAAGCUCACCGACACCAACUCUGAGGACAACAAUGACGUGGAUGAGGGGAACACUCUUACAACUCUGUUCAACGUGAAAGGCCUUACCAACUUGGCUUCUUACCCGAACCCGAUGCAAAAGAGGGCUCAGAAAGCACUGGCCAAGGGGCGCAAUUCCAACCUCACUCGUCCCGACACCCCGUCUUCAUUCGCCCAUACUUCUUCAGAUAUUGGAAAGGAGCACUUUAUGGGCGGUAGCUUCAGCAUCCUCUCCACUGGCCCCGGAGCGCCACGGCCCUUGACAGCCGGUCCACCUGGUCAGCGUCAGUACAGGGCAUCAACCUUCGAAGCUACCCUGAAGGCACUGCACAGCAAUAAUCAGACUGGCCAAUUCGGAUCUCAGGUCGAGUCAGCGGAAUACCAGUCAUCUUCUGCCUCGAGCUUUUAUAUACCGCAUUCCGCCACGCAGCCUACAGCUAGCCGCGGCAGGCCGACUACAGGACAGCAAUUCACUCUGGCUGGUGACAGCUCCGCCCUCGAGGAGCAUUUGUCUAUCUCGGAACUCGAAUCCGAACCGUUCGACGAAAUCAAGGUGUCGCGUUGCAAAAUCAUCGAGACACUCACACCAGAUGCCGCCAGAAAAUACUUUCCCAAUGGUCUCCCACCUGACUACUACGGCCGAUACAAGUUUCUUCCCCCCGACUGGCUCGAAGCGUACCCUCUACACCGCCAAAACUCGCGCCCAUGGACAGCCGAACAGUUAGCUCGGCGGCAGACCAAGAUCGACCAAUCCUUCUAUGCGGGUACCGAUAGGCUCGGUAAGAGUAUGGAAGAGGCAUUCCAGGAACUUCGGCGACGACGGUUUGAAGCAACGAUGGGCGUCAUUGGGGAGCAACGAGUGCCAGCCAGGCGUCUCCUCCUCCAAGCGGCUGGCAAGGACGAGAAGGUAACCUACCCGCCGAUGACGGUCGAGGAAGCCAAUGGUCAAGACGAUGCAGCACAUAUCGAGCCUUUUCUGAGCAUGACAUUUGCGACGUUCCUGAGUUAUGCCGAGGAAUACGACAAGGAUGAAAAGGAUAGGGGUUGGCGAAGUGGUUUUGUCACGCCAGACGAACGCCUCAUUGACGACACAGACGAGGGAAACAAGAGCUUCUUCACAGAGUACAAGAAGCCGAAGAAGAAUAGGAGGGCGAGAAGGGGAUACUAG